AUGUGGAAUGUGGAAUACAGCGGCAUCCAGAAUGUGUCACCGCGACUCCCCAGCCUCGCCCGAUCCGGCAUGAAAAUGGAAGGGCUUCUAUGGGAUUCAAAUUUCAAUGCAACACAACUUUCGUUACAGAAGGACUCGGUGCGCACCAGCUGGCAGACACGGGUACGUUUCGAGGUCAAAGACGACUCUGCCUCACUGAUGUAG